AUGUUAUACCAUCGAGGACAAAAAUCAUUUAAUUCUAUUGGAAAAGGCAAUACUACACAAAAAGGCACAUCAUUAAUACAAAAUGCAAAUAUUCGUACAUUAAUUAAUAACCUAACUUAUAAUCUUGUUCGGUUAAAACAACAACCUGAACAUAUUAAUGAUAAAAUUGCAUUUACAUUUAAUAACUUGUCAUUUUCGAAUCUUUGUCAAAAGACACAAGAAUUAAAAGAUUUAUUAAAUAUUGAUGAACAAUUAUGGAAAUGGAUUGUACAAUAUUUAGCUAUAAAGCGUGAACUUCUAGUUCAUCACAUAUUAAUUAAUAAAGAUUAUUUUGACAAAAUUAAAAAACAAUUAUCAAGUCCUGAUUCUCAAGUUUCAUUUAUAUCACCUGUUAUUCCAAUGCCUCAACCAUCAUCAUCAACAGUAAUAACUAUUUCUGAACCACAAUUUCGAUUAUCAGAUUUCAAACUAUCUACAUUUCAAUCAUUAAGUUCUAUGCUUCAAAUUAAUUCAAAUGUGGCACUUUUUCGAUAUCAUCUAUGUGUGCCACGCUGCAAAUGA